AUGGCUUGGCCCUCCCUGACCUCUAUCGUGAAAGAUACCCCUAUUUUGAACUCAUUAUCCCAAGCCUCGCCCCAGCAAUACAUAAUAUAUGCUUUGGUCGGCCUAGCCGUCUAUCUAGCUAUGGCAUCCUCUUUGCGAUUCCAGCGACGUCGAAGUCUUCACCAGAAAUAUCCAUACAAAACACGCGAAUCGAUGGGCAAGAUGAGCGAUCACGAUGCGUUCACAAUCCAGAAAACAAUCUUGCAGAUGGAGUUUCCUUUCAUUGUGCUCAAAUCCCUCCAAUUUGCUCUGUUCCGAACAUAUGGCAUUCCGAGUAUAUCCACACUUCUUCUGAAAACAUCCCAGUUCUCCGAUCCAGCCACAUCCUUCAAGCGCUAUGCGGAUACAGGGGCUCUCAUUGGCGAGUUCAUGGCAUUUGACCCCAGUUCAGACCGAGCGCAGACUGCCAUCGCCCGAACCAAGUUCCUGCACAAGAGCUACCGAGCUAGGGGCAAGAUACUGGAAGACGACAUGUUGUAUACCCUGAGUCUGUUCGCACUGGAGCCGAUUCGAUUUGUCAAGAUGUACGAAUGGCGCGAGAUGACAGAGAUGGAACGUUGUGCUGUCGGCACGUACUGGAAGAGUCUGGGAGAUGCACUCGCUAUUAGCUACGAGGCGUUGCGAUCCGGUAAAACAGGAUUUCGUGAUGGGAUUCACUGGCUGGAAGAGGUCAGGGAAUGGAGUCUCCAGUAUGAGGCGCAGCAUAUGAAGCCACAUCCUCGGAACAAGGAAGUCGCCGACAGGACCAUUGAUGUUCUAGUGUAUAACUUGCCAAACUUCAUGAAGCCGCUGGGUCUUUACUUCGUUUCGUUCCUGAUGGAUGAGCGUCUUCAAAGUGCCAUGAUGAUCAGGGCGCCGCCCGCGUUUCUCAGCGCAAUUUUCUCUUCAGUCUUCCGGCUGCGCAGAUUAUAUUUACGCUAUUUUGCGCUUCCUCGCCCGGCGUUCAUGCGGCUGGACGUCUUCACCGAGAAGCCUAAUGAGUACGGUCGAAACUUUGUCCUGAUGUACGAAGGCGCACCUUUCUAUGUACAGCCCACGAUCUGGAAUCGCUGGGGACCUGUGGCAUGGUUCAAAUGGGCGCUUGGUCAGCCACUACCUGGUGACGAUGGUGAUAAGUACUAUCCUCAGGGAUACUACACGCCAGACCUGGGACCAAAGUAUUUUGAGGGCAAGGGCCGGAAGGAGGUAGAGAGUAUCAAAGAGAGUAUCCAGCAGCAGCGUAUGCGUCAAUGUCCAUUUCCAUGA